AUGGAGAAAGGAGGAAGUGCAAAGAGGAAGGCUAGCCAGAUGCCGGAAUUUGAGGACAAGAAGUUCACUCGGCUACUGCAAAAGCGGGUCAAGACGUCCCAACCAAAACCUAAACCCGAACCCGAGCACUUGGAGGUGGAGGAGGAGCCCCGAAACCUGAAAGACUUGUGGAAAUCUGCCUUUCCAGUAAUGACAUCGUGGUGGGAAUUGGACAGACUCUACAGCAAAUUCGACUGGGAUUUCUCCAAUCUCGAACGAGAAUUCGUACAAGGGGGGAAAUUGCAUCAUGAAAUCCAUGGCGAAAACAACAAGAAAAACGUCUACGUUUUUGUCACAACCGAGCCUCACAUUGUGGAAGGCCCUCCAUCAUACAAAUGCGAAUCGAUCCCUGUCGUGGUGGCCAUCUCAUCGCUUUCCCCUCCUUCACAAGAACUAGCCUACAAGAUAACUGAUUUAAGCAGGCCGGGAGGCCGCGAAGAAGCUAUAAUUCCGAUGAAAGAGAUGAAGAUGGGCUGGAUCCCGUACAUUCCUAUGGACAAGAGAGAUGCCCAAGUCGAGAGAUUGACAAAACAUUCUCUGAAAAUAUAUUACUUGGGGUGCAAGCAAAGAAAAGCAGCUUUGGAACGCCUCGAAAGAGGCCGGUACUUGAAAAUUCAAUACUCCGUGCCAUACAUAGUCGAUCACAAUAGUGUGGAGGAAGAGAAUGAGCAAGAUUUUGAGGUGGAGCUACCUGCGGCGGAGUAUGCAAGGGAGGAACAAAAGGAAGCAAGAAGACCGGCAUUUGCUAAAAUGCGAGAGGAAAUGGCCAGGGAACUGGCACUCGCGAAAAAUAUGAGGAUUUACAAGUUCUACCCCGUACAAACGCCGCGUACUCCUCCGGUUGAAAAGAAGCUCGCCAAAAUCAACAACUACUGUCGCGACGCCGAUGAAGUUUUUUGA